AUGGGCACCCUUAUAGGGCAUGUGGCGCCAGGAUUUGGGUUUUUUAUCAUUGGACUAUGGCAUCUAAUAAACAACAUCAAACUCCACGCUGGUAGCCCCAAAUCCUACAUAUCCUCACCAUGGUUCCCAACUUCAAGAAUCAAGUAUUUGGAGCUCUACUCCAUCAUGACGGCUUGCUCAAUCUCCAUAUCCAUGGAGCUCUUUAUCGGACCCGACCGGCACCAACCGCUCGACCCGGAUGGGACCAUACCCUCUAAUCACCUCCACAACUUUGAACACUCGAAUAUUUCUCUCGCCUUUUUCAUGUAUGCUUUUUUCUCCAUCUUAUUAGACAAACUGGCCCUGCCCGCUCGGUAUGAGUUGACCAACUUGCUAGGGGCGGUGGCUUUCGGUCACCAAUUCCUACUCUUCCACCUCCACUCGGCCGAUCACAUGGGGGUCGAGGGUCAAUACCAUUGGCUACUCCAAAUCGCUAUCUUUAUAUCACUUGAGACGACAAUAUUAGGCAUCAAUUGUCCCACGAGCUUUUUGAAUAGCUUCGUGAGGUCAGUUAGUAUAGUCUUUCAGGGUGUUUGGUUUAUUGUGAUGGGGUUCAUGUUGUGGACGCCUAGCUUAAUUCCCAAGGGCUGCUUCAUGAACAUCGAGGAGGGACACAAAGUGGUCCGAUGCCACGGGGAGGAGGCCUUACAUCGUGCUAAAUCUCUUGUCAAUAUCCAAUUCAGUUGGUACGUUAUAGGAGUGAUGUUUUUCUCCUUGGCAUGUUAUGUGGUCAUGGCCAAGUUAUAUUCGGAAAAGGUCGUCGAGUAUCAGCCUAUAUCGAAAUUCAUGUUGGAAGAAGAGGAAAACGAUGACCGUUUUCGUGAUGUCGAGGAGCAAAAGAAGGGCAACGACAGGAAGAAAGAGGAGCCAAUGAGUUUUCUGCAAAUUGGGAAACCAAUUACUUCUAUGGAUAUUGAAAGGUAG